AUGCGUCGUAUGCGUCCAGAGGAAAUUGAGAGAGAUGUGUAUAAUCUUACUCGUCUAUUACCAUCAUUUGUGGAUGAAUUAUAUCAGCGUAUUGAUCAACCACUUCAAGUCGCAGUUGAUCCUACCACUGGUCGUAAAUAUCUUGUUUGUGACUAUAAUCGAGAUGGAGACUCGUAUCGUUCACCAUGGACAAAUCAAUAUGAUCCAUUACUUGAUGAUGGAGAAGGAUUUUAUCCAUCUGAGACACUCAGGAACCUUGAGAUCCAGGCAAAUGAGAUUUUUGAUGCAUACCGUGAAUUGUAUUACCAAGGAGGUCUUUCAUCCGUCUACAUGUGGGAUUUAGAACCUGGUUUUGCAGCUUGUUUUCUUGUUCAAAAGGAUGUUUUGCAUCAACGUUUUGUUGAAAAAGGAUCAUGGAAUUCAAUACAUGUAAUUGAAGUCCAAGAGAGCAAGGAUGGACUGGAUCAAGGACGAAAGAAGGCUACUUAUCGUCUAACAACAUCGGUCUUGCUCUAUAUGAAGGUAAAUCGACCGGAACUUGGACAUUUGUCACUGGAUGGAACACUGACGAGACAAGCUGAACGGACGAUGGAAUAUGAUGAUCAAUUUACACAUGUGUCUAAUAUGGGACGCAUGGUCGAGGACAUGGAGAUUGACAUGCGGGCAAGUUUAGAUGGACUCUAUAUUGCUAAAACGCGUGAAGUGAUUAAUGGAAUGCGUAAAUUACAGCAAGGACCAACUGUGGCAAAUCCAUUUGUAGGAGAAUUGGCAAGUGCAGUACUUAAGCACGGAGAGAAGCAGGAGCAGGAACAGCACGAACAGAAGCAAUACCUUCGUAAUAAUGCAGAGCUACAGCGAUAUCUCUGUUCAUUUCAUGGAAUGGAUACAAAGAACCCAUCAGUCUUGUUAAUUGAUGGAUUUGAGCAAUUCUUUGCUACUUUGGAGCAUAACAGUGACAUGGGCAAUGUGUAUCAGACACUGGCAUUUCUGCUUGAAGCUCAGGAUUAUAUGAAGAUAUCAACAGGCUUUGGAAUGACGGUCGUGACUGGACAUUGGGAUGCAUUUGUACUUGGAAAUCGACCGUUACUACGUCGAUGGUGUCGAUUCGUGGAGCUCGUGUCGAGUGAGGAAGAACCUAAUGUCUUUAUCAUGCGUGAAGGCGUGGAGGAGAAGGAUGUUCAUGUGGAUAAAGAAGUUGCAAGGACACAAGUGAAGUACAUGUUUGCACCAGAAACUAGUGGAACUUUUCAACUAUUACACGUGCAAACACGUUCAGAGUGA